AUGAGCUGCCAACUCCAACUCACUUGUGGUGACGAUUUCGAACGACUUUUAAAUUCGAUGCAGAUUUUCCCGAUACCACAUAGUCGCAGUGUGUUAGACUUAAUAAAAACACGAUCACCCGAGAGAAUGUGUUCAAAGGUCUCAAAUUCAUAUUUUGUCUACAGAAAAGUGAUUAAUGAUGAAUUGAAAGAUAGAUCAAUAAAGCUGCCGAUGGCUGUCACUUCGGCAUUAACUAGCUACGGGUGGAAUAAAGCAUCCCCAGAAGUCAAGUAUGCCUACGAACAACUCUCAAAAGAGUGUGAAAAAAAUUUGAAUUUAAGACGUAAUAAAGAAUUGGUCUGGAACCCAAAGCCAAAAGAGUCGAAAAACAAAAAAAAAACAACUCGUAAAUCAAUCAAGCACCCUAUGCAUCAAUUCAUCUAA